AUGCGCUCCUUUGCGACAGCCACCCGAUCUCUUGCGCGACAACGAGCUUGUAGAAGUUGCGUCCAGGCACGACCGCUACCAUGGAUUGUUUCACGAGGAUACGCAAGUUCGGGUCACUCGAUUCCCCCUCUCACCGACAAGUCCCUCCUCAAGGACCAAACAUAUAUCAAUGGAGAAUGGAUAGGUGCAAAAUCUGGCAAGACCUUCGAGGUCCAUGACCCAGCAACAGGCACCCUCAUCGGCACAAUGCCCGAAAUGGACCGUGCCGACACCGAAGCUGCCAUCGCUGCUGCCGCUGCUGCCCUACCAUCUUUCCGUAAACUCACCGGUCGCGAGCGCUCGCGCCUGCUGCGCAAAUGGUAUCAAUUGAUAAUGGACAAUGCGGAUGAUCUGGCGAAACUGAUAACCUGGGAGAAUGGCAAACCGUUCGCCGAUGCGAAGGGAGAGGUCAACUACGCGGCGAGUUUCUGCGAGUGGUUCGCAGAAGAGGCCCCAAGGUUGUAUGGCGCAACGAUUCCGGCGACGGUAGCGGGCAAUAGGGUUUUCACGACCAAGGAGCCCGUGGGGGUUUGUGGGUUGAUUACACCGUGGAACUUCCCAGCAGCAAUGAUUACCAGAAAGAUUGGACCAGCCCUCGCAGCCGGCUGCACAGUAGUCGCAAAAUCUCCCGGCGAGACACCUUUCACAGCAGCAGCCCUUGCUGAGCUUGCGCAUCGAGCAGGCAUCCCCAAGGGCGUCCUCAACUUCGUCACAGCACUCAAGAAUACACCAGAAGUUGGCGAAACCAUCACCACCAGCAAGACGGUCAAAAAGGUGUCGUUUACCGGCUCUACGCCCGUAGGAAAGCUCUUGAUGAAGCAGUCAGCAGAUACACUUAAGAAGCUCUCUUUCGAACUUGGUGGAAACGCCCCCUUUAUCGUCUUCGAUGAUGCAGAUCUCGAUCUUGCAGUAACUGGAGCCAUCGCUGCAAAGUUCCGGUCGUCAGGCCAAACCUGCGUCUGUGCCAACAGGAUCUACGUUCAAUCUGGCGUCUACGAUGACUUCGCUACCAAAUUUACAGAGAAAGUCAAGCAAUUCAAGGUAGGAGGCGGCUGGGGCGAAGGCGUAACACACGGUCCCCUCAUUCAUGACCGCGCCGUUCAUAAGGUUGACUCCCAUGUUCAAGACGCGGUCAAACACGGAGGCAAAGUCCUCAUCGGCGGACAAAAGCUACCUAAUCUUGGAGAGAACUUCUACCAGCCCACUGUCAUCCGCGAUAUGACUUCCGAUAUGCAGCUCUUCAGUGAGGAAACUUUCGGGCCCGUCGCCGGACUGUUCAAGUUUGACACUGAAGCUGAUGUCGUUAAGCUUGCCAACGCUGCGGACGUCGGCCUCGCGGGAUACUUUUUCAGCAAGGAUGUCCAAAGAGUGUAUAGAGUAGCUGAAGCGCUAGAGGUGGGGAUGGUGGGUGUCAAUACGGGACUCAUAUCGGACGCAGCGGCGCCGUUUGGAGGGGUAAAAGAGAGCGGAUUCGGCAGGGAGGGGAGUAUGAUGGGUAUUGACGAGUACGUUGUUACGAAGAUGGUUACUGUGGGCGGGAACGGGCAGCCGUUGCAGGGUGCAGCGUAG